AUGAGAUGCGGGCUUUGUGACCGACCAGGAGCAGGCGGAAUGUGCCCAAACACAUUUGACGAUGCAGUUUGCACAGCUCUAGCGCCGGUGAUUUGCCUCGAUGAGAAAGCGAAGAAUUCUUGUCAAAAAACAUGCGGGCUAAGAACUUGUCUAGAGAACCAAAAUGCAACAGCAGCACAAUCAAAUUGUCGCGACGACGACCAGCAAUGUUCAGAAAAUAGAAAGUACUGCACAAUAGAACCUUAUGCAACUGUAAUGAGAGGUAAAUGCCGUUUAACUUGUGGCCAUUGUCAGCCAUAA